AUGCAAGCAGAAAUUGGGGCCUUAUUAGAGAACAAUACAUGGUCACUUGUCCCUUUGCCCCAUGGAAAAAAACCAAUUGGAUCCAAAUGGGUGUUCAAAAUUAAGCGCCAUUCUGAUGGUUCCAUCGAGCGUUACAAGGCUCGCCCUAUAGCAAAAGGCUAUAAUCAAGUGGAGGGCGUCGAUUAUCAUGACACCUUUGCCCCUGUGGAAAAACUCGUUACAAUACGUACUCUGAUUACACUUGUCGUCAUACAAGGAUGGUCACUACAUCAAAUGGACGUACAUAAUGCGUUCUUACAUGGCGAUUUAGAUGAAGACGUCGAUAUGGCACCACCUCUUGGAUAUUGA